AGGCUUCGGGGCUCACUUGCUUGGGUGCCCAGGCUCACUGGAGACUAUCUCAGCCCUGUUCCCCCAGCAUCCAGGCAACAGAACUGAGGCCCUGGGCUGGGACAGGUUCUGGCAAGGGUCACACGCGAGUCCCACACAGGAACUGACCAAGGCUCCCCGCACCUUUGUGCCUGCCCACCAGGACCCAAGCCACCCGGUGCGGCCCGGCAGAGCCAUGACCAUCACUUACACCAACCAGGUGGCCAACGCCCGCCUGGGCUCCUUCUGCCGCCUGCUGAUCUGCUGGUGGGGCAGCAUCUACAAGCUGCUCUACGGAGAGUUCCUCGUCUUCCUGCUGUGCUACUACGUCAUCCGCUACAUCUACAGCGCCACAGCCGCCUCGCCCCGCCGCCCAGGCUUCUACGUGACGCUGGUCCUGACGCGCUGGUGGAACCAGUACGAGAACCUGCCGUGGCCCGACCGCCUCAUGAGCCAGGUGUCCGCCUACGUGGAGGGCCGCGACGAGCACGGUCGGCUGCUGCGGCGCACGCUCAUGCGCUACGCCAUCCUGGGCUACGUAAUCAUCCUGCGCAGCGUCAGCGCCGCAGUCUACAAGCACUUCUCCAGCCUGCUGCACCUGGUGCAAGCGGGCCUCAUGACUCCCGCGGAGUACAAGAAGCUGGAGCAGCUGAGCCUCCCCCACAACAUGUUCUGGGUCCCCUGGGUGUGGUUUGUCAACCUGGCCAUGCAGGCCUGGCACAGGGGCCGGAUCCGCGACCCGGUGCUGCUGCAGAGCCUGCUGAACGAGAUGAACAUCCUGCGAACUCAGUGUGGACUCCUGUAUGGCUACGACUGGAUCAGUAUCCCGCUGGUGUACACGCAGGUGGUGACCGUGGCAGUGUACAGCCUCUUCCUGGCCUGCCUUUUGGGCCGGCAGUUUCUGAUCCCAGCCAAGGCCUAUCCAGGCCACGAGAUGGACCUGGUUGUGCCCAUCUUCACAUUCCUGCAGUUUUUCUUCUACAUGGGCUGGCUGAAGGUGGCAGAGCAGCUCAUCAACCCCUUCGGAGAGGAUGAUGAUGAUUUCGAGAUCACCUGGAUCCUGGACAGGAACUUGCAGGUGUCCCUGCUGUCUGUGGACGAGAUGCACCAGGACCUGCCCCCCCUGGAGCGGGACAUGUACUGGGAUGAGACAGAGCCCCAGCCCCCCCCGACGGCCGCCACCUUGCGGUCCCACCGCACCUCCUUCCUGGGCUCCACCUUCAAUAUCAGGAGGGCCGUGCGCGAGCCCUGCUCCUGGCACUCACGGCUUUGCCUCUGGCCGGGUGCCCUGCUUUCCAGCCUGCAGCAAGAAGACAUGGAGUUCCAGCCGAUCAAGGAGGAGGACGAGACCCACCAGGAAGUCAUCGGCCGCUUCCUCGGGCAGCAGCUCCACGAGCACCACCCUUCAAGGAAGCUGCUGCCUUCCCAGAAGAGACCCUUCCGCCACCACAGCCGGUCCAGGGGCGCCGAGCCACACCCUGGGGCCCAGCCACCGCCAGAUGCCUUCAAGGUGGCCGCCCCGUACGAGAGGCCUGGCUACUACAGCGCCCCCCUGAUGCCCCUCAGCCACUCUGCCACGGUCUUCUCCGAAUUGUUCGAAGCCCCCAACUGUUGUGACACUGCGGGAACAGUCGCCAGAGGCCAGAGCCUAAAGCCUUUGGUGGCGUCAGGGGCCAACGUUCCCCAGUGGCCCUCCACACACGACCAGGCCUCAGAGGAGCUCCCGGAGGAGGUCCAUCCUGCCAAGAAAAGCGUGGAGUUCAACCUGGUGGGCGUGCCAGAGCCCCCCAAAGAUCACCUCCCAGAGCCACAUUUGGAACAGUCGCCAAGUGGCCUCCACCCUUCACUCGGAGACCACGUGGACCCCUCCUGGGCCUUGGAAAACAGUCAAAAUGACCAUGAAAUUGGAACUGCUGAGUCCACGCAGGACCCCAGACCGCCAGGACAGCGCCACGAAAGACGCUCGGGAAGGAGCACUGCGGAGCUGCCGCAGGAAGGGGCGAGGCCCGUGCCAGGAGUGUGUUCAAAGCAAGGAGGAGGGUUUGAGAGACAUCGCAGCUGUCUGUUACUGUAAUUUAUAUAGUUUUCAGUUUACACAAUUACUGCAUUUUUUGAUCACUUUUCAAACCUGAGUGUCACGGUGCAAAUUUCCUUUUUCAUGGAAGGAAGGACAGGCAGGUAGUGUAGACAAUUAAAAGUGUGUGGGGCAGCCUGUGGCUGACAGGCUCAGGGAGACAGGAGGAGGACGCCCUCCUGGGCCACCCGGGUGGGGACCUCUGGACCUUCGGGCAGCUGAGGCCUGGUGGCCUGCAGGCGGCAGGCGGGUGAGGGCCACACAUGCUCUCCUUGCCUCCCCACCUUUGGCCUUGCUUCACCCACUUCCGGGUCCUCCGUGGCUUUCUCUGCCCCUCUGCUCAAGUCCUCCCGACACUGCAGCCUCUCCCUGUGGCUGGAAGCAAGCCGCUCUCUCCAGACUGCUGUGUGGACCCAGCUACCCCGGGAGCUACCCCAGGCCUGAGUCUUCCUCCUCGUCUCCUGCCAGGUCCUCCUGGCCUCUGCUGGGGGACUGGACACUCUCAGCCACCACAUCCCCCCGUGCUUGGGGACACAGGAAGUCACUGCCAUUGCUGCCCCUGUGCCAGGCCUGGCCCCAGCAGCCCUGGAUCUGCUCCUGGUGUCCUUGAGCUGGGAAAGGAGGGGGUCUUUGGGGUCCUCGGGAGCUGGCCUAAGCUGGAGCCUACCCUGCCCGGCCCACUGGCCCAGGUGCCUGCUUCCCAUGUGUGGGGUUGGGGUCAGGGUCACUGGGAGCCCAGCUGCGGUAAAAGUGGACCCUAAUUACACCAAAGCACUUUGGCACCCCUUGCUCUGUAGGCCACAGGUGUCACUUGACAGACAAGGAAACUGAGGCAUAGUGCUGCAGAGUAUCUUCCUCAAGGAUGUGGGCUGUUCCAGUCCUGAGUCUCAAGCAUGCACGCGCACACACACACACACACACACACACACACAGACUUGUGCCUGGGCCCUGCCAGCCCUGGCCGUCACUCUGGCGUCCUUCAUGGGGCCACCCUGUGGGCUCAGUGGGGUCCCUGUAGGGGGGCCUCUUCCCUUCCUGGUGAGGUUCCUGGAAGUGGGGGGUCAGGGACCCGGCCAAGUCUCGCCCAAGGCUGCAGGGCGGACAGAGAGGGUUUUGUUUGAGUUUUGGGUCCUGGCCAGUCUGAUCGGUGAGAGUUCCUCUGGACCACUUACACUUCCCUCACGAAGCCAGACUGGGGUCUCUCCUUGGUUUUGUGGCACUGGGCUCUCUUUUUUGCAAACUGUUGGUAUUUUUAGUGCCUUUUUCUAUCUGUAUUUUGGCCUUUUGAUCUAUCUUAGAAGAUAAUCACAAUACUAGUGUACGUUUACACUAAAUACAUAGGUGCUGUCUGAGAUGCAUGUUGUGAUUUUCUUACUAGUCGUUGUAAUCUUGCUUAUUUAAAUUUCACUUGAUCCAUUCUUUUGCUUUUGCACACUUAGCUCCUUGAAACCCAUUCGUCAUUGCUCUUUCUGCUUCCGAGGCCCCCAUCCCCAGACUUCAGCCCCGUCCCUGUGCCUGACCCAGGCUCUGGUGACCGCCUGGCGGCCUGGACACAGUCUCUCAAUGCCUGAGUCCCGGUGGCUUCAGCGCAUUCUGAUCUCAUGCUUUCCUCCCAGGUACCGCUCUGUCCUUGUGAGUUCAUGGCUGCGCAAACACGUGGAAUCCUGCACUCACCACUGCGGGCAGGCUGUGGGCCCACUGACUGCUGCUGCAGGAAGAGUUUCCAGGCACUCAAAACUGGAAUAUAGCAAUGUGAGGAAGACAGGAAGGAGGGAAGUGGGACCCUGGAACCCAGCAAGGAUCUGAAGGGAGAAUUGAAUCCCACGGGAGAGCAAGGAGAGAGACUUCAAUGAAGAAGAUGGAGGUGGCAAUGGCCCUUUCUUCCUGAGCUCUGACUCACAGCCAGGGAACAGCAGCUCAAACCUGCAGGCCCACAGUGACUGCUGGCAACCCCAGUGCCCUCCAUGGAGAGAUGCACCAGUGGAACUGAGCCGAUCACGCAGUGGGCUGCAGUGGCUGGUGAGUUACUCGGGUUCAAACAUCCUCCAGGAGAGGGCGGUUGACUGGUAGCCAUCUUGGAGAGGGUGAGGUGGAACUGAGUUCAAGUUGGCAGGAAGUCAAGGAGCCAAGUUCAAGCCAGCAGGAAGCACAUGGCUCCAGCCUCCCAUGAAGAAAUCAGUCUGAGCUUCAGAACUAAAAGUGCAGGCCUGCUGGGAUUAUCCACAACCCCACCACAAAGUUACAGCUGGCUUGUUGGGAUUAAUCAACAUGGAUCUGGGCUCUGUGUACCAGUUUGUCUACCAGUGACAGCAGCAACAUGCCCAGAAGUGGACAUCUUAUUUUCUUAUCUUUUCUUGUUUUAGAUUUUGUUUUGUUUCUGGUACCAAGGAUUGAA